UGGUCUUUUGAUUUAACUUUUCGCUCUGCAAUUUCGCGAUAGGUUUUGGAUGUCACCAGUUGUCCCCUCGGCGGCGUUGCAAGGAGUGGGCGGCGUUGCAGUCGGGAGGACGUGCCGCGGCCGCGUUGCAUCGGCAGGUAGCCAUGGACAGCGGUGGGGGUCAUAGUGGUCCUGGUGAUGGGGGAGAGAGAGUGCCUGACCUCAGCUCCAGGAAGGAUGUUUCAGGCAGUGGCAACACCAGGAUAGAGAAGGAGACCACUAGGACACCCUCUGACAGAUUGCUCAUGGCAGGUGAUAGAUGGAGCCAAGAGGAAAAUAGUGCAGUAACACCUAAUGAAGUCAACCAAAUUUUGAGAUUGCCCAGUGCUCACCCCCUUACCAAUGGCAUGCCAACUGUAAAUGGCAUUCACAAAGUUCAGUCUGGACUCCCUGUUCAAACUGGGGGAGUUGGCUUACAUGCAUCAGAAAAGCAUAGUGAACAGUCUCUGCUAAACAACAACUUGAUUGAGGAUAAGUGUAACCUUCGCUGCGCUGAUGAGAAGUCGUAUUGCCUGUAUCAUAAGUUCCCAGCCAAAGUUAACAACAAUGUGUAUCCAGAAAAGGGAACCACGGUAAAGGAUGGGAUGGAUGAGUAUUUCCAGAUGAAUGCUCCUCUGUCCGGAAAGCUGCCGAUGCCGCCGCAGCAGCAGCAUCAACAGGCUCCAGCGAGGCGUAACGAGUUGAGUCCCAGUAGAGAUCCCCCAAGGUACCCUGAUCAGCUUAAUCUUCUUAAUGGGGAAGAGGAGGAUGAGGAUGAUGGCUGUAUCUACACAUAUAAGGGGGAAAACUUUGAGGCCAACCUCUCACACCUUAUUGACAUGUGCCUCAGUUGUGGGUUGCCUAACACAGAGCGUAGUGUUGAUGGUCAGGAACUGUUGAAUGGUGUCCGCAGGCCUGAUCCACCAGAGCAGAAUAAUCUGUUCUCACCAGAAAUGGAUUUUUUAGAAAUGGACUUUGACCCUGGACCAAACGGGGAUGGUGCCGUAGAUUCUGACUGUGAAGACAACUGUCUUGACGAGUGUGAUAGUAGGUUAGUUAGGGAAAAUGCUGCUGCCUUUAGUGUUGCCGGUGCUUUGAAUCCUAUAAGUGUUUUAGACAGAAAAGCAAAUAAUUAUUGUCCUGAAAUGAGGAACCUUAUGUGUAAACGGUGUGAAUCUAGUAUACGUGAUGGUAAAAUUGACAAUGUGGCCUUGAAUCUGAGUGUGCAUGAAAACUCUUACGUUACUUUUGGUAGAGGCCCAAGUGCUGGCUUAGACGAUAGACCAGCAGUCGGGAGCAGUGUCCUCAAUGUGCCAAGAGAUGCAAUGAAUGUCCCCAAAGACCUAAAUGUAGAAUUAAAUCAGUUCAGUGAGGCCGGAAGUUGUCCAGAAAAUAGAGCUGCAGCUCCACCACAGGAAGAUGAGUAUGAUCCUCCUGAUAAUGACAGUGUGGAGAACAACUUAGGAAUGGGUGACAUGGACAUGAUAGAUGAAGAUUUUGGUGAUGAAGCAGAUGAUGAAGAUGGUGACGACAGCAAUUCUGAAAGAUACGAAUCAUCUGUAAGGUACCCCCAUGCUAACGGUAGCAGCAUGGAAACGGCACUAAAGGAUGGCGAAGAUCCUUCAGUGAUCCAUAGUAGCUCAAGCAAAAGCACCACCAAGACCACCAACAAGUCGGGCAAGGGGUCCAACAACAACCUGGGAUCUGUCUCUGCACCUGAGGUAAGCCCAGCCAAAGAGUACAGCCCCCUUGAAAAGUUUGGUCGCAGUGUCAGCUUCCACAAUCAGCUGUCCAGCCCUAAGUAUGAGAAUGUAUGUUUCUCUCACCGACCAAAGAAUGAAGAACGACAGUGUGAGCAACAGGCGGAGAGGAAUGGUGCACCACAAGCUGAGACAGCAAAUCUAGAAGCGUGUGUUGGGAGAUUACAUCGCAGAGAAAAUUCUGUCUUCAACAUCCUUUCAGAUCCAAGUGGAAAGGCAUCACAGAGUAUCAAGCUAGGCUGUGAUGGUUCAGUGUCCAGUGUCCAUACAGAGACCAGUAUAGGCUCCUCCAUCAAACGCUCAAGCCCCGCUCAGGGAGGCCAAGCGGCAUCCCCAACUGGUGGAAGCCACUCAGUUGGCACCUCUCCAUCACCUUCCAUUGGUAGCUCGAUGCUGGUAGGUCCUGGGGGAGUCUCCACUUGUUCUGUGGGCACGGGUGGGUCGCCCUGCCCACUGCCCGUCAAGUCACUGCAGCCCAAGAAUAGGAACCCCUCGCAGGAUCCCAACACGGCAAGUGAAGGUGAGGGAGGAGGUGAGGAGAGCUGCCCCAGAGUGAAGAAGGUCAUGAUCUGGACGGAGCUGCAAGCAUCAGCACGGCAGGUCACACAGAUUGCUACCUCUGCCUGUGGUGCCACGGCAAUCAUCAAUGUUUUGCUUGCCUUAGACUACCCCUGUACAGUGGAGGAAGUGCAGGCGAGUAUCAAAACCAGGUUACGAGCAGAGACUGCGCCGGUCGUAGACUACCUGCUCUCCCGCUCUGUAGCUGGUACUACUCACAGGGAUCUUAUUGAUGGUGUGACCAAGCUGUCAAAGGGCACUGUGAAGGCCAAGUUCUUCCAUAUGUUUCCUAAGAGGGCUGUGCAGCUGUCUAGGUGGUUGGCCCAGUGGAUAAGCAGGGGUGGAGUGCCUUUGGCCACUUUAAAUUUGCAAGUGGGUGUUGCUCCAGGCCAGACAGUACCCGAUGCCUGGCACCAUCAAAUGAUAUUUGGCGUUGGUCCUCAGGGUAUCUACCUCACCAACCCAUUAGAAUGUGUCUCUGAUUGCCUACUUGGGGACCAGCUUUGCACAGAUUCUGUGUUGUUGGUCCGCAGAGCAGAUGUUGUAAAUAGAUGGGGCCAGGGUGAUAAGCUCAUUAGAUUGACCCAACAGCCUGACCCAAGAUGGAGAGAGAUGAAUGUUCUAGGUCAAGUAGUAGGUGUGUUAAAAGAACAAGCUGCACCUCCUGUGGUUCAAGGUCGCCGGCACUUGACUUCUCAUGUUGCCAUUCCAGCAGCAUACCAGUCUGGGGUCACCAUAUUUAUGCGUUCAGACAACCCUCAUAUUCACACCCUUACACAAGCAGAAGAGUUGCCAUUACUGGAGUAGCAGUGGUUUCUGUAUUAUGAUUAUAGCAAAGUUUUGCAAAUCCAACAGUCAAGUCUUUGUUUACAGAAAGAAUACUUCGGUAUUUUUGCUGACGAGGGUGCAUCCCCCUCUUUCCUUUCCUUGUUAAUAGUUCUCACACUUCCUUAUAUGGUACAGAAGAGUGAGCUCUCCUUUGGGCAGUGAGGAGCUUUUGUGAUAGCAAAUUAUUUCUUGUAGAUAUAUCCCCCCUUCACUUUUUAUUGGAUAUAGAAAACACAUUUAGAAAAAGACAUUCAUUGCUUCAUUCUCUCUGAAUAAUCAAAUUGUGGAAGUGUAUACCAGAAAUUUAUUUAAUUAUUUUCAUGAUUGGUACUAUUGAUAUUGUUGCUUGUCUUUCUUAAACUAUCAUUUGUUUUUAUGUAUAUAUUCUUUUUAUUUUUCCUUUUUUUUGCCAUUGACAUUUUCAUACUGUUAGGGAAACUGUUGUCAUUUUCAAUACUGAUGCUACAUCAAAUUGAGAUUCAUAACAUUUGAAGAAACAAAUCUGGCUGUUACUGAGAGCUCGAGUCCAGGGGGUUUAUGUGAUUUGUAAGGAACUUCUUAUACUCUGCUUUUCACUUGUGUAUCCAGUCUUGGUUAAAAGGAGAAAGCCAGAAUAAUAGAAUUUGUCCCGGCAUGUCAGAGGCUUCUGCAGUGUUUCCGUUUUAUUUAUUCAUUUGCUUAUUUCUUAUUUUCUUUUCUUUUGCAAGGUUGUAGAUGCUUAAUAACUUCUCUAAUGAUUGUGAUGGCUUGGGUUGAUGCAGAUGUCAGACCUGAAUUUCACUGUUAAAUGCUGGAAAAGGACAUAUUAGUAAAGGAAUAAUUUGAGUCAGAAAUCAAACUGGAGCGCUUUCCUAGUUGCUCUUCAAGGAUGGCAAGCGACAUAUUCAGUAGACACACUGUUGUAAUUUCAAAAGGAGGAAGGUUUAAUAUAUAUAUAUUUCUUUUGUAUAUUUUGGUCUAAUUUUGAAUGAUUUUCUUAUUACUACCAUAUCCAUGUCAAUGCUGUUUACUCUUCAUUUAUCUCUGUCCAGUUAUGGAAACAACUAAUAUGAACGUGACAGCUAAUAUUUCUGCUUCAUAUUUAUCAUUAAUAUUGUUGAUUUUAACUGGACAACUAAAUAGAUUCAGCCUCACAGGGUGUGAGGCCUUGCGGAGGGUUCUUGGUGUAAAUUUUCUGUAUCAUAACAUACCAAGUAAAAAAAAAAAAGAAAAAAAAAUGGAUUGAAGUAUUUAUUUUAUUACUGUAGAUAAAUGCUGCUCAUGAUGCAUUUUUAUUUUUAUUUUUUCUUAUCUAAAACUAAAUCUAAAUUUUCCAAGCUUACAUCUCCCAAACCAAGUAUCAUUAUUCUGUACUCUUGAGAGAGUAUUUUAUAUCUAUUAUAAUUUUAUAUUGUAAAUAUAGUGAUGCCAAAAUCAAAUUUUAUGUACAAUUAUAAGGUAUGAUUGAGCUUUAUUUUUGUUGCCAUAUCUUUACUCUUUUAUGUUUUAUGAAUGCUGCUUCCAUACUUUUGUCUUGUUGAUAUUUAUUAUUAAAAUAUUAUAUUUGAAACUUCUUGCAUAGAGAAAAAAGAUAAUUUGUUGACCCUAUUUCACAUAUGGUCCCCCAAUCCCUACCCUCCCAAUGAUAGCCAUUGAUAGGUUUUGUAUAAUCAUGAUUUUUUGAAAUAUAUUGCCUGUUAAAUGUGUGAGAGUUGUUUCCCAUAUGACAAUGAUAAUUACAGGCGACAAUAACAGCAUUUACGCUAAUGUGUUUUCACCCUCAAUCUUACCAGCUUCUGUGGAGGCGACAAAACACAGGAAUUAACCCAGAGGUUCAUAUUUAUAGGAUAAAACACACUUACUGGAGAUCAAAACCACUUUGAAAAUAUUUGUGUGUAACAUUGUAUACAUGAUACAUUACAAACAAUUAUCCUCCUUUUAAGAGCAUUUGCUGCUGUUUCAGUGGGAUGUAGCAGAAAUCCAUCCCUGUACCUUUUUAAUGCAUAUAAUGAAGAGCUCAAGCAUAUUAUUCCCAGUUCAAGUUAAUAGGGACUUCAUGAUCUUGACCUGUACACACACUACAGUAUGGAAGUUAUAGCUUUAUUUCUGUUACCUUUCUGGGAACCAUUUUGGGUUAGAUGGAUGUUCUUUGUUAGAGAUGCUAUCAUCAUGCUGCUGUUAUGGAGAAGCAGAAGAUAUAUUAUCUGAUUGAAAUUAUCAGUCAUUAUGUGUCAUGGAAUCUAGAUCAUCUUAGGCAUUACAUAAUCACCUUGGCCUCAUGCUAUAAAAAUGAAUAAAUAAAUAUACAAACAUGA